ACAACAAAGCCGAAUACCCGCCCCACCAGUCGGUCCAUUCAUUCUCUACGAAAGAAAAACAACUCCAAAUAUACCCAUUCCGGAAGCUUGUCCUUUGGCCUCAGGCUGGACCCGAUUCUAGCUAUGGCAUAUAAAUACGACACAAUCUUUCUCUCCUCAGAUGUCUUCUCCCUCUCGGUUCAUCCUACCAAGCCCCUUUAUGCCGCUGGACUCCUGGGCGGGAGGCUGGAGGUCUAUACAUGGGAUGAUGGGUCUAAAGCGGGCGGGAAACCGAAGGAGGUCAUAGUUGACCAUGACGAGAAGUAUGCUAUGCAGUGGGGUACGAGAAGGUAUCGUCAAAGUUGCAGGGCGGUUGCUUUUAGCGCGGAUGGCGAAUGUAUUGUGUUCCCCAGCCCGAAGUUUUUAAAGUGUGUAGAUUGACAUUCGUGGCGUCAUAGAUAUAUUUUCUGCCGGUGUAAAUUCACUCCUUAAGCUUGCCGAUGCGAAUACAGGACAGGUUGUUUCAAAGGCCUAUGUUCCUUCGUUAAAAGAUCUCACGUAACAUUUCCAUUUUAAAGUCAAUUAUAUCCCAGAAGAGUUGCUAACGGCAUAUUGUCAUGCAGAGCUGAAUAUCCCUCGGUCAUUGCUCCACUAUCUUCAGCUCACCUGCUCGUUGGAACCGAUUCCAGGAGGAUCCAUCUCUACGACGUACGCGAGAAUAGUCUUACGCGGCCAGCCCAGACAUGGAAGAAGGUUCAUGAUGACUACAUCUCUUCAAUCACACCACUGCCUUCGGCCGGUGGGGGCCUCGCCCGCCAAUUUGUCUCUACUGGUGCUUCUACACUUGCCUAUAUCGACUUCCGCAAGCCAGGGAAGGCGGUCAUCAGUUCGGAAGACCAGGAUGACGAGCAACUCUGUUCCGCAUAUGUAUCUGGCCUGUCCGCUAGAGCCGGACGUGGAGGUGAAAAGAUACUUGUCGGGAACUCUAGUGGAUUUGCCGCGCUGUGGAAUAGAGACGAGUGGGAGGAUCAUCAGGACAGGAUCAACUUCUCAAAGUCUUCCGGGGAGUCUGUCGAUGCGAUUGCCGCCCUGCCGGACACGUUUCGGUAUAGGAAUUCCGAGUUUGGGAAGUUCGUAGCCGCGGGGUCCGCCGACGGAAGAAUCCGGAUUGCCAAAUUAGGGAGCAAUCGCAUUGUCGAAACUCUUAGACAUUCCUUGGCCACCCAAGAAGUCGGGGCCACUCCAGCGAGCACGGGUCUCUUGACCAACGACGAAGGCGUAGGGGGCGGCGUUACGGAGCUCGGGAUAGACUGCGAAGGAAAUUUGGUCUCUGCAGGUGGUUGCACAAUCAAAGUCUGGUACUGGGAUGAGAAUGCUCCGGAUGCUCGGCACCCAGGGAAAAAAGGAAAGCGCAGUCCGAACGAAACCGACACCGACACUGAUCUACAGGAUGAUGGGUCCAGCGAUAAUGAGCAACAGUCCCACAAGAAGAAGCGCAGAAAGAAGCGAAAGGGCGGAACCGGGAAAGCUAAGAGCGCGGGCCCGCAGAAAAUCGCCAGUUUCCACGGGCUAGAUUGAGAGGUUUUAUGUGCUACCUCGCACUCCCCCUCGAUCCCUCUAAUUUUGGGGUGGAAGUGAAUAUUGUAUAGUAGUUUUUUAUCUUCCCUUCUCGCACCAGUGGCGUUUAAUAUCAUUGAUGGCGCAUUUUUAUUUUGGGUGAUGGGUUAUGAGGAGCCGUGAAUGGGUGGUACGUGGUGGGUUUUGGUGGCAUGGGAAACUCGUAACUCCACCACAUUUAUUGUCUUAUUAAAAUUCACAAUGGAAGGCAUUGGAUUGAGAACGAU